UUGUGGUCGAGGAAGCGGUGGACUGAAAGCGCGGGAAUAGCGUAGUAAGUUUCUGUUUCGAUGUUCGUCACUAACCAAAUACUAACACGCUAAUUUUGGCUAGUUUAAGCAUGGUGUAACUAAAUAUUAGGAAGUACUCUUAGCUUAUAUGAAGACAGAAUGGAAGCAUUCACGAAAAUAGAGAAAAUCGGGGAAGGUACAUACGGAGUUGUAUACAAAGCUAAGAAUCAACAUACCGGAGAACUUGUAGCAUUGAAGAAAAUUCGUUUGGAAACAGAAACUGAAGGAGUUCCAUCGACAGCAUUACGUGAGAUUUCACUCUUGAAAGGACUCAAGCACCAGAAUGUCGUUUCUCUUUUGGAUGUGGUGGUUUCGGAAGCGAAACUUUACCUCGUGUUCGAGUUCCUACAGCAGGAUCUCAAGAAAUUUCUUGACAACAUCACUGACCCACUUCCAUUGGAUCUUGUUAAGAGCUAUGCCCACCAGCUGCUCAGUGGCCUGGCCUACUGCCACGGCUGCUGUGUUCUUCACAGGGACCUGAAGCCUCAGAACCUGCUGAUAGACCAGCAUGGCUACAUCAAGCUGGCGGACUUUGGACUGGCGCGGGCGUUCGGCAUACCCGUGCACACGUACACCCACGAGGUGGUCACCCUGUGGUACCGCGCACCAGAAAUUCUGCUGGGCAGCAAGCUCUACACGACAGCUGUCGAUGUUUGGAGUCUGGGUUGCAUCUUUGCCGAGAUGACGACAAGGCGAGCAAUGUUUCCUGGGGAUUCAGAGAUUGAUCAGCUUUUCAGGAUAUUUCGCACUUUGGGUACACCGACGGAGGAGGGUUGGCCAGGUGUAUCACAGUUGCCCGAUUACAAACCUUUGUUUCCACGGUGGGAACCACAAGAUCUGCAGGACAUCUUACCUAGAAUGCCUAAUGAUGGACUAGAGCUUUUCCUAAAACUGGUGACUUACGAUCCUCGGAAGAGGAUAUCUGCUCGACAGGCUCUGCAGCACCCUUAUUUCAGAGGAGUGCAUCUCGUUAUUCCACCAGAAGUCAAGGUGAAGAGUAAAGGCUGAUGUGUGAAACACAGUGUCAGUGCAAACAUGUGAAGUCUGAGGAGUCAGUAUUUUUUGCCUCUGUGAUUGUUGUGCAGUGGAACACUUGUGGCACUUAAAUUUCUUUUGGAGUGAUCUGUUGUGUGCAAGGACAUACGUGAAUCAAGAUUUUUUGUUUAUAUUUUGAAAUGUUUGAGAUAUUAAUAUAUUAUGUAAUUUUAAAUAAAUGUUUAUUAACUACUCAUUU